GAAAGAAAUGCGUUUGGCCACAGUUUAAACUCUGCGCCACCAGUCGUUAAAAUAGUAGGGAAUAUGUCGAACACAAAAACUGGUAAAACACGUAAAGCUCUGCCGAAACGCCCAGUACCUGAAGGCGAGUCAUCAGAGUCAAGUGAAGAAAUUAAAUCUCCAAGAUCUUCAUCUUUUGACUCCUUAGUGAUCAGCCGACUGGAAGAAAAAGAAGAACUUCAGCAUUUAAAUGAUCGUUUCGCAAAUUAUAUCGAACAUCUUCAUAAAAACAUCUUCAAUAAAGAGUUUAGUGGUCAUAUUGACCUUUUAACGAAUUCUUUAAAAAAUGAAAUGGAUGACUAUGUAAAAGUUUUUUCAAACGAAGUUGAAUUAUUGCGCCAAAAUUUAGAUAAAACUUCACUUGAAUUAACUAAUGCUAAAAUUCAGUUGAAAAAAUCCACGUCUGAUCUAGAUGAAACAAUUAAACAACUUGAGCGUUCAAAAGCCAAUGAGACUGAAAUGGGUAAUAAAAUUGCGUCAUUAAAUGUUCAGCUAUCUCAGUUACAAAAUCAAUUGAACGUAUGUAACAAUUACAAAACAGAUUAUGAUUCAUUGAUGGAUCAACAUAAAAUGUUGAAAUCUCAGUUGGAAAAUGAAACUUUGUUGCAUACUGAUACCAAAAAUAAGCUACUUACAGCUUUAGAACAAUUAGAGUUUAAAAAUCAGCUAUUAGCGAAAGAACGUAAUAUCUGGAAUAGCGAAUCAAUUCAAUCACAUUUAACGUCUAUAAUCAAAAGUGUCGAAGCAAAUUCUCAUGAUAAACUAUGUCAUUUAUUAUCUGAAAUACGUUCACAAAUGACAAUACAAUACGAUCAAGCAAAAAAUAAAAUAAAAGAGGGUUUAAAAGCAACUUUAGAUGCAGAAAAAUUACGAUCAAAUUCACUUGAACAAGAUCUUAAAAAUAAAAUAACCGAAUGUCAACGUUUAUCUCAGUUAGUAUCAUCACAAUCAAGUGACUUAUAUAAUUGUCGUCAUGAAUUAGAAACUACUCGUAAACAACUUAAAGAUUUUGAACAACAAUUAAAAUUUAAUGAAGAUAAAUUACAUGGAAUAAUUAGUCAACAUCGUUCAGAAAUAGAACGUUUAUUAGAACUAUUAACGGAUAAAUCAACUGAAUGUACUGAAUUAGCUGGAAUAAAAAUUCAAUUAGAUGCUGAACUUGCUAUGUAUAGAAAAUUAUUAGAAGGUGAAGAAUCUCGCCUUCAUCUAUCCCCUACAGAAAAGAUCCUAAAAGGUAAACCAAUUGUUCGAACAAAUAUAACUCCUACCAAACGUACAUAUAGUGACAUGUGUACAUCUUUAUUAAAAUCAAAACAACAAUCAACUGGAAGUUGUCUUCAUGAUGUCGAUUUAGAUCAUGCAGAUACUAACAAUAUUGUGCAAUCUUAUCCUUUGACAACUGAACGUAAAAUAUCAGAAAUUUCAGAUUCACAUUCAAAAAUAAUCAAUAUCGACUUCAAUUUACAUAAUUCUGACUUAUCUACAUUUCCUUCAUCAUCAAGUUUAAUUGGAGAUUCUUUACGUAUAACAUGUCGUGCUGAUGGUCCAAUACAUUUCUCUAGCGCAGAUCCUGGAGAGGGUUUACUACGUAUUUACAAUGCUAGUGAAGAUGCUAUUGAUUUAUGUAAUUGGCAUCUGUACGCUGGACCAACUCAUGAAGGUUCAUCGGAUUACGUAAAACUGUAUACAUUUCAUAAAUCUCAAACCUUGCAACCACACACAGAAUUGCAAGUUUUUCUUUGCUUCGCAUGUGAACCUUCACAAGUCUCUUCUGCUAAACGUGUUCGUCCUGAUGUCAGUGCAAUUUUGCAUCUAAUCACUCCAGUAUCUGUUUGGAAUCCUUACAGUAGUUUAAUUGCACUUCAAGAUUCAACUGGUUCAGUUACUUCUGAUUAUCUUUGAGUGAACUUGGCUACUUCAUAUUAGUUUACCAUAUCAAUGUUCACAAAGUGAAAAGUGCAUGAGCAUGUGUGUGUGUACGUAUAUUUGUAUACCAUUGUUGAUUAAGAAAUUCAGUGAAUAAUCGACACCAACAUGAACCCAUAUAUUAAUCAUUUUUGUUUAUAAUGAAUAUUAAAGUACAUAUUAGUAAAAUUGUACGAGGUUAACUAAUUUUUUUCCAGUGUUCAAUAAAAAUGCAAUAUCUAACUGUUGUAACGGGUGAGACUGCAGGCUAGAUGCGCAGCGUAUUUAUCAAUCGAUCCAGUAACACGUAAACACGUAAUGAACGACCUAGUGUCCUGAUUGGCCCUGCUUCCCUGUCUACCCCAGCCAGUUGAGUCCAGAACACAAGUCUCAGCCUCUGAGUUAUGAAAUCAUUAUUUUUCAAACAUACUCUGUUUAUAUAUUAAUCAAGCAGACCACAUCGUACCAUAAAAAUAGAAAACAACAUUUACACAAUAUUUAACAAGUGAACAAAUACCGACCAAUAGAGAAUGUUCAUUUAACGUUCAAGGACAUCAUUAGACCUAACAUGAUAAUGAUUGGUAUAUUGCUCAGCAUACCUAACACUAACAUUCUUACCGUCCAUUCAGUACUGCAUAUAGGAGUGCAAUUUUCACUAGGGAUUUCAUUUCAAUCACCUGAAGUUAUCUACAUAUGUCUUCUAUGAACACUCAACUGUAACGCAUCGUAACUUGACAGAUGCAUAAAAAAAACAAAUAAAGCGAAAUUUAGAGCUUCAAGAAAAAUCCUCAGUGGAAAUUAUACAUUAAAUGAACGAAAAAUGCCCAUAAAUAAAUGCUUGUCACCGUGUAUAUAUUGUGCAUUGAAAACUGUAUGCACUACGAAUUCGUGAAAAUUUACACUUAACCAGUGUAUAUAUACUGAAUAAAAAUACUCAUUCAGAAUUAAUUAUGAUAUUAAACAUUAAAAUAAAUGUUGCAAUUCAACUAAAACACUUAUAAUCCAAUUUUUAUAAAAAACGAUUUUCUUUUUAAUUGUCAGUUAUCUUUCAGGAUAUAAUCUUGAUGUUAAGCUUCUAUCGAUGAAUCUAGGUGGAUAAUCAUUUCUAAUGAGUAUCUAUCUGAGUUGUAGUAGUUCAUCAUCUACAAUACUUAUAGCUUUAAGCAUCUAAUUUUUAUUACUGAUUGACUGAAGUAGAAAAUGUAUGAAUUGUUAAAUUUUAACUUCUUACUAAUCUAUAAAUAUCAUAUCUGUCAUGAGAUUUAAAUAAGUAAUCUGGAUAUCUAGAUUUACUUACUUACGCCUGUUACCUCUCUUGGAGUAGCAUAGGCCGCUCACCAUCAUUCUCCAUCCAACUCUGUCCUGGGCAAUCGUUUCCAGUUGUUAUUCGUUCUUUUCAUGUUUGCUUCCAAUUCCCGACAAAAUGUGUUCCUCGGUCUUUCAGUUUUUCGUUUCCCUUCACCAUUCCAAGUUAGCGCUUGCCUUGUGAUGCAGCUUGAUGAUUUCAUCAAUAUGUGUCUUAUCCACUUCCAACGUCAUUUCCUAAUUUCCUCUCUAGAGGGAAGUUGAUUUAUUCUCUUCCACAGUAGGCUGUUGCUGAUUGUAUACGGUCUUCCCUUAAACCGUGAGAUUAAAAUUGCUUUAUAUCUUUCUACCAACUAAUUCUUUCUUCCUGUAUUAUAUCCUUAUAUGCAAUCUUUCUUUUAUAUAUUACCACCAUUGAAUUAACUACUCCCAUGAAGUUGGUGUUCAUCUUAUUGUGCUAAUUAGGUAUGGCAACUUGGACCGAUGCAUAUAUGUGCCUGGUCCUACGUUGUCACUGACUGACUGACGGCCAACGGAAAUUGAGUAUACUAUGUAUUCAAUUGUUUUUAAAUACUUGUACUGUUUUAAUGAUUCUUGUAGUAGUUCUUCAAGUCUCAUCUCCGUACAAUAAAACUUACUAUCUUAACGUUCAUAUUAAAGAUUCUGACUUUGAUGUUAGUUAUGGAUACUUAAAGUUUCUACAUAAUUCUUUAAUGUAUACUCUAUCAACACACAUUAUAGAUCUUAAUCAUUAUAGAUUAUUUGAUAAAUAACUGGUUUAAAUACAUUAGUCAAUGUUAUGUUUGAUAUUGAAAGAUAUAUACUGUUUAUUCUCGUGUGUUCAAAUAACUUUAUUGCUGAGGAGUCCCACAAUAGAACGAAACGGCCGUCCAGUGCUUCCAGGCUUUCCAUGGUGGUCUAGUUUCAACUGACUCAUGGUCUUAACCAUUGAAAUUACUAUAAUAUCCACAAGACCCAUCUG